CAGCCUCUCCGGCAUCCUCUAGGCAUCAGCAGAGCAUCCUGGGUUUUGGGGGGGUACCAGGGGUAACCCCAACAUAGGGCCUGGAUCAAUAUGAUGUGAAGGCAGGACAGGUCUCUCCUGCGCCAGGGGCAGCCAUGCCAAAGCCAUUGUAUCUGGAGAGAAAUAUAUAAGGAAGAAUAAAGAGCGGAGGAAUCCCACCAGCAUGGCCCAGAGUAAGCGGCACACCUACAGCCGGACCCCGAGCUCCAGCGCCAGGAUGAGUGUGGAGGCCACGGGCAAGCCUCUGAAAGUGGGCUCCCGAGUGGAGGUGAUCGGCAAAGGAUACCGUGGGACGGUGGCUUAUGUGGGCGCCACUCUCUUUGCCACAGGGAAAUGGGUGGGAGUCAUUCUGGAUGACUCCAAGGGAAAGAAUGACGGCACUGUGCAGGGAAGGAGAUACUUCACAUGUGAGGAGAAUCAUGGGAUAUUUGUGCGCCAGUCCCAGAUCCAGGUUAUAGAGGAUGGGGCCGACACCACAUCCCCUGAAACCCCAGAGCCGGCUGCUUCUAAGGGUCUCAAAAAAGAUGUGUCGGAAACGCCAAAGAGCAGCAAACUGCGCGGCGUGAAGCCCAAGAAGGCGCCCACCACCCGCAAGAUCACCACCCGGCGCACCAAGCCCACCCGGCCCUCCAGCUCAGCCGCAUCCAGUGGGACAGCCGGAGCGUCAGGCUCUGCAUCUGCAUCAUGUGGCGAGAUCAGCAGCAGCGAGCCCAGUACCCCUGCCCAGACUCCGCUGGCUGCUCCCAUCAUCCCUUCACCCUCCUCCGCUAUCUUGUCGCCAGUAGCCCCUCUGCCUGGCCCAGGCCCCACCAAGGAGGAGGAGAAUCUCCGGGCCCAGGUUAAAGACCUGGAUGAGAAGUUGGAGACCUUGAAGAUGAAGAGAGCAGAAGACAAGGCCAAACUGAAGGAGCUGGAGAAGUCCAAGCUUCAACUGGAGCAGCUGCAGGAGUGGAAGAGCAAAAUGCAGGAGCAGCAGGCAGACGUCCAGCGACAGCUCAAGGAGGCCAAGAAGGAAGCCAAAGAAGCUCUGGAAGCCAAAGAGCGCUACAUGGAAGAGAUGGCAGACACCGCUGAUGCCAUAGAGAUGGCCACCCUGGAUAAGGAGAUGGCCGAAGAGCGGGCAGAAUCUCUGCAGCAGGAGGUGGACACCCUAAAAGAUAAGGUGGAAGAACUCAAAAUAGAUCUGGAAAUCUUUAAGCAUGAGAUUGAGGAGAAAGGGUCAGAUGGAGCCGCUUCCAGUUAUCAGGUCAAACAGCUGGAGGAACAGAACGCAAGACUGAAGGAAGCCCUGGUCCGGAUGCGGGAUCUGUCGGCCUCAGAGAAGCAGGAGCAUGUUAAGGUGCAGAAGCAAAUGGAAAAGAAGAACACAGAACUGGACACCCUACGGCAGCAGAAGGAGAAGCUUCAGGAGGAGGCCUCGCUGAUGGAGAAGACCAUUGAUGAGCUUAAGGAGCAGGUUGAUGCAGCUCUGGGAGCUGAAGAAAUGGUGGAAACCCUGACAGAACGAAACUUGGACCUUGAAGAAAAAGUCCGGGAGCUGAGAGAGACCGUCAGUGACUUGGAAGCCAUUAAUGAGAUGAAUGAUGAGCUGCAGGAGAACGCCCGCGAGACCGAACUGGAGCUCAGGGAGCAGCUGGACAUGGCCGGCGCCCGGGUACGAGAAGCAGAAAAACGCGUGGAAGCUGCGCAGGAAACCGUUGCAGACUACCAGCAGACUAUCAAGAAGUACCGGGACCUGACUGCUCACUUGCAGGAAGUGAACCGUGAGCUGAGGAACCAGCAAGAGGCCUCGGUGGAGAAGGAACAGCAGCCGUCGCCAGAAAUGUUUGACUUCAAGAUUAAGUUUGCGGAGACCAAGGCCCACGCAAAGGCCAUUGAGAUGGAGCUGAGAAAGAUGGAGGUUAGUCAGGCCAAUCGGCAUGUGUCCCUGCUAACAUCCUUUAUGCCAGACAGCUUCCUGCGACACGGAGGGGACCAUGACUGCAUUCUGGUGCUCCUACUGAUCCCUAGACUGAUCUGCAAGGCGGAGCUGAUCAGCAAGCAGGCGCAGGAGAAGUUUGAGCUGUCGGAGGCGAGCGAGCAGAAGAGCGGCAUGAGAGGAGCCGUAGGGGAGCAGAUGAGCUUUGCAGCUGGACUGGUCUAUUCCCUGACCCUCCUGCAGGCCACACUACACAAAUAUGAGCAGGCUCUGGAUAAGUGCAGCGUAGAAGUGUAUAAGAAGGUCGGGAUGCUGUACCCAGAGAUGAGUGUCCAUGAACGCUCUUUGGAUUUCCUCAUUGAGCUGCUGCACAAAGACCAGCUGGAUGAGACCGUCAACGUGGAGCCCCUCACCAAGGCCAUUAAGUACUAUCAGCACCUGUACAGUAUCCACCUCGCUGACCAAUCAGAGGAAUGCACUAUGCAGCUGUCUGACCACAUCAAGUUCACCCAGAGCGCCCUGGACUGUAUGGGAGUCGAAGUGAGCCGUCUGAGAGCCUUCCUGCACGUUGGGCAGGAGAGCUCGGACUUUGCCAUCCUUCUGAAGGAUCUGGAGACCUCGUGCAGUGAUAUCCGCCAGUUCUGCAAGAAGAUCAGACGGCGAAUGCCUGGCACAGAGGCAGCUGGAAUCCCUGCGGCUCUCAGCUUUGCACAGCCGGUCUGUGAGACAUUGCUGGAUUGUCGCAAAUAUCUCAAGUGCGUGGUGGCCGUGUUCCAGGAAGUGGCGGCUGCCGGCGCUCAGAUGAUCGCCCCUAUGGGAGAAAAUGAGGGCCUGCAAGCUUUGAAGCUGGAAGAUGUGGCCUUUAAAGCUACCGAACAGAUUUAUGGUUCAAAGGGCAGUAACCCAUACGAGUGCCUCCGCCAGUCUUGCAGUGUUGUGAUUGCCACCAUGAAUAAGAUGGCCACUGCCAUGCAGGAAGGGGAGUACGAUGCAGAGAAGCCUCAAAGCAAGUCACCUCCUCCGGUGGAACAGAGAGCGGCGGCUCUGCGGGCAGAGAUAACUGAUGCAGAAGGGCUCGGCCUGAAGUUGGAGGAUAGAGAGACUGUCAUCAAAGAGCUGAAAAAAUCUCUAAAAAUAAAGGGCGAGGAGCUCAGUGAGGCCAAUGUGCGGCUCAGCCUCCUGGAGAAGAAGUUGGACAGUGCCUCCAAAGAGGCUGAUGAUCGGGUGGAGAAGAUCCAGACUAAGCUGGAGGAGACACAGACUGUGCUUAAGAAGAAAGAGAAAGAGUUUGAGGAGACAAUGGAUGCGCUCCAGGCCGACAUCGACCAACUGGAGUCUGAGAAAGCCGAGCUCCGCCAAAGGCUCAACAACCAAUCAAAACGCACUAUCGAGGGCCUGCGUGGUUCACCUGCAUCUGGUGUGGCUUCUAUUGUAUCUGGACUUGCAGGAGAGGAAGAGCAGCGAGGAGUAUCAUCUGGCCAGUCCUUGCUAAAUGGCUCUGGCCCAGUCCAAGUGAAGGAUUCUCCAUUGCUGCUGCAGCAAAUUGAUGCCUUGAGGCUUUCAAUGAAACACCUGAAGCAUGAGAACAACAAGCUAAAGGCCCAUCAGAUAAAGGCAGAUCUGGCCUCCUUGCCUGCAUUGCAUGUGCCCAAGCUUUCCCUCCCCAAAGACCGGCAGAGGGAGGAGGCCUUGUCAGGAACCCUGUACCGAAAGACCAGCCAGCUGCUCGACGCCCUGCAGCAAAUGAGCGCCAACGCCAAGGUGGUGGAUAUCGCACACAAGAAAGCAGGAAGUCCUGCAGUGCAUCUCCUGGAGCAAACGGCCCGACUCAAGUCUCUGAGUGACACCAUAGACAAACUAAAGGAUGAAGUAAUGAAGGAGACCGUGGCACAGUGUCCCGGGGCGAACGUUCCCACAGACUUUGCCACCUUCCCGUCCUCAGACUUUAUUAAGGCCAAGGAAGAGAAGAAAGAAGACACCGUUUACAUUGGCAAAGUGACCCUUUCAUGCCAGCCGGGACACGGGCAAAUCCACAAGCUUGUGCUGACCCCGGAACAACUGCACGAGCUGCACGAACGGCUGAUCUGCUAGAGCCCGGCUGCAGCUGCGCCCCCGAGAAGCGUGUGUGUGCGGCCAGCUCUGCGUGUAUUCCCACUAAGCAUGUUCUGAUGAGCAGCGUGGAGCUUGGCUGACCUCCCAUCAGCCCCAGGGGGUGAACGAACUCUGGGCAAAAACAUAAAGUCGGCGAGUGUCACGCUGAGACAACAGUUCUGUAUGGCCACACAGCGUACAUCUCUCUUCCUGGAACCCAUCUCUAUUAUUUACUGUCUGUAACUGACAUUAAGCACUUGGGUUUGGCUUUGGCCAAUAGGGUGAUACAGAACAAGUCCCAGGCAAGGGUAGAUAUUCCUAUUGUAACAGGCACUUCUGUUGGAGCUCCAUUGUUCCUGAUGUAUCUGCGCUGCCUCCUAUGAAUUCAUGAAGUCUGACACUAAGUAUGUGAUGCAGUGUAGCAAGGCUGAAGUGUGAUUGGAUAAUAGUGAGGAUGAUGACGUUACCUUUUUGGAUGCAUGAUGUACCCAAAAUCUUUAAAGGAACAGUAACGCCAAUAAAUGAAAAUAUAUCAAUGAAAUUAAAUGAUAAUGUACUGUUGCCCUGCACUGGUUAACGUUGUGUGUUUUGCUUCAUCGUUACUAUAGUUUAUAUAAACAAAGCAGCUGUGUAGCCCCGGGGGCAGCCAUUCAAAAGGAGAAAAGGCACAGGUUACUUAGCAGAUAACAGAUAAUCUCUAUAGAAUAUAAUGGGGUUUUAUCUGUUAUCUGCUAAGUAACCUGUGCCUUUUCUCCUUUUUUCAUCUUGAUUGGCUGCCCCCAGGGCUACACAGCAGGGUAAUUAUAUAAAAUAUAGUAGCUUUUCUGUAGCAAACGCACCAGUUGUACCAGUAAUAUAAUAUAAUAUAUAUAUAUUACUUUAAAACACUCUUUUUUUGUGUUACUGUUCCUUUAAGAUACAGAUUAGCACAGGUCCAUCAGUGCCGAAGGCUCCUGGUAGAGACCAGCAUAAGAACAAUCUCCAUUGCUUUGCUAUCUAACUCUCAUUAUUGCCCUGUCUUAUUUCUUGUCGGUACCAUGGGUUCUAGUCCUUGCUGAGGCCAUACUGCCUGUCAGUCCGUAUAGAUGAUUACUUGCACUAAUACACGCACUUAUACAGAAUAUUCAGUACAGAACAACCACUUCUAACAUUAAAAGAUAAUCACUGUCCUCUCCUUGUUCUUAUUCUGUCCUCUUCUGAACAUAGCUUGUCAGAGGCAUAUAUAUACAUGUGUAUUUGCUUAUGUUAAAGUGCCUGUAAGGAAGAACUUUCCUGUGGGGGACACAGCAAAGGGGUUAAAGUGCUUCAGUGUUUGUAGCUGAGCUGUGUCACAAGAUGGGAGAGAUGUACCGGCCCACAGCUCCAGUAUCUGAAGGAAAAUACUUGUAUCUAUGGGGCCCCAUUAUACAAAUGGCCAUUUCUUGUGAGAGGAGGACGUGCUACAUAUUUCAGCUGUCGGUUACUGAACAGAAGCCCGAUUGCCUUGAUACCUACCUGGGACUUUACUAAAAUGCUUUCUGUAUGGUGGAAAAGCAAAGAUCUGUAGGAAAGUGCUGUAUUCCAGGUAACUAAAUAAAGGGUUAACUGUCUGUGCAGCUUCUCAUCCCUA